GAGGCCAAAGAGGCGGGCCUGGGGAAAAACCCGCGAAGAGCCGGAGGGAGGGAGGGACGUUUCUUUCGCAUACGGCCGUUUCCUCCCACAACAAAACGUCAGCAAGACAAGCGUGUGCGGGGGUGGGAUUGGCUUUCUCUUACUUGCCGGCUUUCCUUGGCUGGAGGAGGAACACUAGCGAGGCAAGGAAAACAGAGGCUCCAGCGAAAGACGGCCGCUUCUGCCAGGCCGUCCAGCAGUGCAGGGGCCGCUCCUUCCCUACACGACCUCCUUGAACUCUGGUGCGCUUGGAAAGAAUAUGUCAAGACAAUCAAACAGAGAUUAGCUUGCAAUAAAAAGGCAAUAAUUGGAAUUGUCAUUUCUCACCUCAUUUUCGGCAUUUUCCUCUUUUUCCUGGGAACCUCAGUGCCAUUAAACUGCCAAAAGGAGGCCAUUAAAUGUCCAUCUGUUACAUGCCCAUCUGAUUGGAUUGGACACCAGAGACACUGCUAUAACCUUUCAAGAGACGAAAAAAACUGGAAUGAGAGCCAGAAAUUUUGUAUGUUACAUAAUGCUUCUCUGGCCAAAAUUACAAAGGAGGAAAUGGAUUUUGUGACAAAUCUCACAAGAAACUACAUCUUUUGGAUCGGCCUCAAGAGAGAACCAGAUCAGCCCUGGAAGUGGCUAGAUGGAGAAAACGCAAUGUUGAAAGUCAGGGGAGAUGGAGGAGACUGUGCAUAUUUGGUUGAUGAUGCUACUGCCAGCUCAGGGAGAUGCACCACUGAACACCGCUACAUCUGCAAAAAAAAUGAUUUUAUGAGAUCCUGAAAUGUCUUUAAUGACCAUUCAAAAGAACAACAAUGUUCAUCAUUUUUAUACAGUUGGGUGAAAAGGAAAAUACACCCUAUCUGAGUUCUAUGCUUUUUACAUAUAAGGACAUAGUCAAUUGGGUGGAUAAAAAUCGAUUUUUAAAAAAAAAAAAUUAAAAAUCAGAUUUUUCUAUUUAAAUCAGAUUUUUUUUAUUUUUAUUAAGUUUAUUUUAAUAAAAUGUUUUUGGAGUAAAGUUAUAUCUAAAGAUAGUUUUCUAUUUAAGAUAAUUAAUUUAAUUUAUUCAGCAUGAAAUGAAGCUUAGUUAUGUAACAUGAGGCUCUAUAUUCUGCAAUAUUUAUAUUUUUGGUAAACUCAUUCAUUGAAUCCAAGCUCUGCAAGCUAAAUAAGAAACUUUCAUUUUGUUUGCAAAUAAGAUUCUAACUACCAGCAAGAAUGAGUGAUUACAUUUAAAGAGCACUUGUCAUUUCAGAUCCAUCAUGCCAGUUCCUGUAUCGAGCAUCCACUCACCUGCUGCCUGCCAAGUCCCUCAUCUUGCGGUGCCAUUGGCGCACCACCAGCCAUCCCAUUAAAGUGAAUGGGACUGUCAGACAAGGACUGCAGGACAAAGAUGACAGUUGCUCUUUAAAAAUUAUGAUUUAAAUCAAGCCUUUUUACUAGUGAUUUAAAUCAUGAAUUAAAUUGUGAUUUUGACUUGAUUUAAAUCGAAUCCACAAUGUUUUUUAUGUUUUCAGCUGACAUUGUCAAAAGAAGAAAUUAUACAAUUGUUAAAGGAUUUGGAUAUUGAAGUGAAAGGAGCUGUAUUACUGUUUUAAGUUAACAACAUUUAUACAGAUGGCAACGGAUGAGAGGAAAAAAAACAAGCAAAUACAUUGACAUAAAAUAUUGCAAUGUCAGAGAAGCAGUCAAAGAAAAUGUAAUGGACCUAAUUUAUUGUCCAUCGGAAGAUAAUUUAGUUGAUUAUUUUUUUCUCUUGCAUUUUUUUGACGUCUUAACUAUAAAAGGGAAUGUAAGAUGGGUCUCUUUUGAUAGGGAGGUCCCACUUUAUUACUUUAUUAAACUGCUUUUAAAUAA